GCCGUUAGACAAAUGUCAUUUCGAACACAUGAUUUAAGUUUUUAUUGUGAUAUUAUUUGUUGAGUGAGGUAGUGAAAAAUAAACAACAAACAAAUAAUAUGAGUAGAAGGAGAAACACUCGACGCGCUGCUACUAUAUUUAAAAAUUAUCAUCAAGAUACAGAUUCAAAUUCAGAAAACGAAGACGAUGGUGUAACGUUAUCCCUUAUAAAUUUCAUGCAAACCUCUAUUUCACAAUCCAGUCGAAAAUCAUCAAAACCAAAACGCACACCGAAUAGAACAAAAAAAAUCAAUACAAUUAAAAAUUCAGCCCCAACAACGAAUCGAAUACGUAAAAGUAAGAAACAAGUAACUGAAAAUAAUUCGGAAGCUACUUGCUUAGAUUCAGAUCACAAUGAAAGUAUUACCCAUGUUAUUAUAUCAGACACUCAGAAAGAUGCCUAUAUGAAAAGUGUUCAACACAAAGUUGAUUCUUUCUUUAAAUCGAGUCAUUUGAUGUCUGAUGAUGAUGACGAAGGUGAAGAAUCAUCUAAGCAAAAAAAUUUACCCACAAAGUCAACUACAGGAUCGAAAAAUUUCUAUGAAAUAUCAGAUUCUGAUGGUGAAGAGCUACCAUCUACUUCAGCUAUGAAUAAUUUAGCAGAACCUGUGGCUGUUGACUCAACUAAUAAUAAAGAAGAAGAUCUGAUGAAAAUAGUAGAUAAGAUACUAGACUGUGAUGAUACACCUAUUGAAAUAACCACUAGUAAUGUAGAAUCAGAUAAUUGGAAUGAAAUUAAAAGCAAAGCAGAAGAAAUUAUGGGAAGUGUUACUGCUCUUCUAGAUACUUUCAAAGAUAAGGAUAAAGAAAAAACAGCUCCAGAAGUAUCACCUGUAAAAACCAAACCAUCAUGUCCAAUUUGUUUGGAAGUUUUGGAUGGAAAUAUUAUUCCAGGUGCAACCAUAUGCGGGCAUAUAUUUUGUAUGGAUUGUAUAAAGCAAGUUGUUAAGACUUCAAAGUCUUGCCCUACUUGUAGAAAACGUAUUACUGUUAAGCAAAUUCAUCCUUUAUAUUUAUAGAUUGGUUGUGUUCUCUGUAUUUUUGAUAAUAAAUUUAUUGCAGCAGUUUUUUAAUUGUAGAUUUUACUUAAUUUAAUAAAAUUUUUAGUAAUUUUA